AAACAAGCAAACAAGAAUAGACGUACAGAUGACAAAGAUCAUCAAAACAACUACGACCACUGAAAAUUGAACAAGUAGUUCUUUAGCAUAUUAUUAUUAUUAUUAAAUAUAAAAUAUCAAAGUUUUAGUUGGUUUCUCUACAAAGAGUGCGAAAACUGUGAACUGGACAUUAUUAUAUGGAAGCAAAAUCAAAGAAAAUUUCCUGAGCUACCAUCAUAUUUUAUUUACUUAUUGUAAUUUUUAUUAUAAACUAAGAUAAGUUUAAAUCUUUAAUUGCACUUGAACCACAAAAGCAUUGUUUCGUCGUGUGACAUAUAUUUCGUUGGAUAAUGAUGAAUCUAUUGGGACGUCCUGAUAUUGAAGCUGGCGAAGUGUUUGUUAAUUUUAAUCAAAAUGAUACAUCAUUGGCAGUUGCAACACGAUCGGGUUAUAGUUUGUACAGUCUUAGUUCAGUAGACCAAACAUUGGAUAAGAUAUACAGUUGCCAUUCGGACGAGAUAUUCCUUAUCGAACGCCUUUUUGAAAGUUCACUGGUUGCGGUUGUCUCUCAGCGGUCUCCCCGAAAGCUUAAAGUAUGCCAUUUUAAAAAACAGAGUGAAAUUUGUAAUUAUUCAUACUCGAAUACUAUAUUGGCCGUUAAAUUAAAUCGCGAACGUCUAAUUGUAUGCCUGGAAGAGAGCUUAUACAUUCAUAAUAUUCAGGAUAUGAAAGUGGUUCAUACGAUACGUGAUACUCCAUGCAAUGCAAAUGGCCUCUGCGCACUAUCUUCCUCAUCAGAGCACUGUUAUUUGGCAUAUCCGGGAAGCGUCACCUCUGGUGAAGUGCAAAUUUUCGAUGCAAUAAAUUUACAUGCCAAAACCAUGAUACCUGCUCACGAUUCACCAUUGGCUGCAUUGGCAUUUAGCCCAUCUGGUACGGAGAUCGCCACAGCCAGCGAGCGUGGUACCGUAAUUCGCGUCUUUUCUUCUCUUGAUGGCAGCAAGCUGUUCGAAAUGCGUAGAGGUCUUAAGCGUUGCGUUGCCAUUGCAUCGCUCUCAUUUAGUACAUGUGCGGGUUAUUUAGUAUCGAGCUCGAACACGGAAACUGUACAUAUAUUUCGUUUGGAUCGCUCAGCGGCCGAUCAGGCUGAAUCGAAGCAAACAUCAGACGAUUGGAUGGGUUACUCCUUUUUUAGAUAUCUCAGCAAAACUGUGACCAGUUAUCUGCCCACACAAGUAACGGACGUUUUCAGCCAGGGUCGAGCAUUUACAUCGGUAACAUUACCGGAGGCUGGUGUUCGGCGUAUGUGUGCAAUCACAACAAUACAAAAACAACUAAGACUUUUGGUGGCAUCACAAGAUGGAUAUUUAUAUGUUUACUCCAUACCAUCCAUUGAGGGUGGUGAAUGUCAGCUUAUUAAGAAGCAUGAUAUACGCCUAGACGAUUCAUAUGCAAUGGAUAUUAAAGUUGAUUCACCGCAACCGCUGGGAGGUGCAGGUGCUGGCACAGCUGUCACUGAAGUUGUAAAUGAAGAUGAGUCAUCUAAACAGAGUACAGCCAGUGGAGCAACUUAUGCAUCUGCAGUGAAAGGCGAUGAAAAGGCAGCACAGCCUUAGAUGUGCCACACUUUUAAAGAUUCGCUAUUACCACCACGAACUUCACAAACUACCUAAGUCUGUAAAUUGAAGUUUUUUUUUUUGGCAAGAAUAAUAUUCAUUUAAGCUGAUUGGUUAUUCUUCUGUGGCAAUGUGAUGCAGUUUUUUUUAUAUAUAAACCUAGGGUUAGUGCACAGAAUUAUGUGUAAUUUUAAAUUUUCCAAAACAAAAUUUUCAUUUAUAGAACGACUGAUUGUUCUUAAUUACAAAAUUUAGUAAUUCUCGAUCGUAAUAAUUGACUUUUGUUUAUAGAUUUGAAUAUUGAGAUUAAGCAUUCAACAAAUGAAUAAACAAAUUUCUUCAUAUAUAAUUAAAAAAAAAAAACAAUUUGGUACAUAACAUUUUACAUAUUUCUUUCUCGAUAUUAUAAUUUGUACUGUUUCAAAUGUACACCUGUGCUUCAGUUUAAUUUUGUCAAUUUACACUAAUACAUAUUUGUGUUUGCAUUUGCUAUAAUAUACAUAUAUAAAAAUUCAACGUAUUGGUAAAAACGAAAAUCAAAAAAAAAGUUAGUUGUAAGAAAUUCUGUUUUAAUUUACUUUAAUAAAAAAGCAAAACAAGCAUUCAGAAAAAAAUUAUAUGAUUUUUCUAUAUUCACCCAAUAUAUUACAAUAAUGUAGAAUUUAUUAAAGUUCAAUGUUUUGGAUUUCCAAAGACUUUAUAAGAUUUAUUGUUUCUGAGAAGAGAUUAUUUAUGACGAAAUUCAUACUUUGGCGCGCAUAUUGUAAUGAAAAGUGUUUAAACACACCUAAGCCGCAAUCAAAACAAGUUCAAACAGAAAAUACCUUCUUGUGAUGUUAUGAAACAUGUGUUGUUUGUUUUGUAUAUUUUGUGAAAUCUUUAUUUAAAUGUUAUUUAUUAGCUUUACAAAUACUUAUUUAUGAGUUAGUCACCAAAUUAGAAAUGAAUCCAGCAUUAUAUACAUAUAGUUGUAUGUGAGGGUCAGAUAUGACUAAUUUCCAUUGAAAAUUAUAUGAGAUUAAAAUGCACUUAUGUGGCUUACCAGUAAAACCAUUUUUUAGAAUAUAACAGAUAGAUAUUUGGGUACUGAUUAUUUGCUGCCAGUUUUUGAAAAAAAAAAUUAAC